AUGGAACUCUGGGUAUAUUGUCGAGUGUUGUUGUGUUGUUUGUUUAUUCUCAUGGUGGAAGUUCAGGUGAUUGUGGGUGAUACUCAUCCUGAUGAUGCGGAGGCACUACGGGCACUAGAAGACCAGUGGCAGAAUACACCACCAAGCUGGAAAAGGUCGAACGAUCCAUGUUCAUCAUGGGAAGGCGUCAACUGCACUGACAAUAGGGUGAUUGGACUGAGCUUGGCGAGUAUGGGAAUAGUAGGUCAACUCGUUGGUGACAUUGGCGGGCUAUCUGAACUCACGUUCUUGGACUUAUCAUAUAAUGGCGGCAUAACAGGUCCAAUCUCCCCGCGGAUAGGAGAUUUGAAAAAUCUCGAUACACUCAUUCUUCAAGGUUGUGGCUUCACCGGUAGCAUUCCAUCUGAACUUGGAAACCUCAAAAAGUUAUCUUAUUUGGCUUUGAACACAAACAACUUAACAGGAGAAAUCCCUCCAUCUUUAGGAUAUUGUUCCAAUCUUUACUGGUUGGAUAUUGCGGAAAACCAAUUGACAGGAUCUAUUCCGUUUUCCUCUCUUGCAUCACCGGGUUUGGAUAUGCUAAAACAUGCUAAGCAUUUUCAUUUCAAUAAGAACAAGCUAUCAGGAACAAUUCCUUCUCAAAUUUUCGACUUUGACAUGGUUCUAAUACACGUAUUGUUUAACGGGAACCAGUUCACUGGAGAAAUUCCUAAUACGAUUGGACGUGUCAAGACACUAGAGGCCCUUCGACUUGAUAGAAAUGCAUUGGAAGGUGAGGUGCCACCAACCUUAAACCAGCUCUCAAGUCUCAGCGAAUUACAAUUAAGCUACAACAAACUAUCAGGAGCUUUGCCCAAUCUAAGUGGAAUGAAAUCUCUCACUUAUGUAGACUUGAGCAACAACUCCUUUGACGGCUCUGACCCUCCGCUGUGGUUUUCUACAUUACCAUCUUUAGGCACACUCAUUAUGGAAUCUGGAUCACUUACAGGGAAGUUACCACAAGCGCUUUUCAGCUCAUCAGGAACUCAAAUAGUGAGACUGAAGAACAACAAUCUCAACGAUACAUUGGUUAUGGGCGAUAUCAUUGGCGGCCGACUUCAACUUGUAGAUCUGCAAAGCAACAAUAUUACCAACGUGACACUCAGUACGGAAUUCAAAAGCAAACUCGAACUCUAUGGGAACCCCGUUUGCCAGGAUGCCCUUAAGCAAACUACAUAUUGCCAACUUCAACAAUCAACCUCAACAUAUUCUACGAGUUUAGCUGAAUGUGGGGCCAAAUCAUGUCAGCUUGAUCAGAAAUUAAGCCCUCAAAGUUGUGAAUGUGCUUAUCCCUAUGAAGGCAAUAUGAUCUUCCGGGCACCAUCAUUUGGUGGUCUAUCUAAUGAUACCUUGUGGCAUUCCUUAGAAUCAAGCCUUUCAACGAAACUAGGCCUCCCUACGGGAUCAGUUGCCCUUCAGAACCCGUUCUUUAACGUCGACGAUAAUCUUCAGUUGAAUGUUCAGUUCUUUCCAUCAAAAAGUAAGCAUUUUACAAGACCAGAGGUCCAGAAUAUGGGAUUUUCCUUGAGUAAUCAAACUUACAAGCCACCAGCAGAAUUUGGACCAUAUUUCUUCAUUGCAUUUCCUUAUUCCUUCGCAGAUGGCCAUGGAGGCAAUAUUGGAGUUGGUGCUGUGAUUGGGAUCUCCAUUGGUUGCACCUUGUUAAUCCUUCUGCUUAUUGUGCUUGUGUUAUACGCAGUUCAACAAAAGAAAAGAGCUGAAAAAGCCAUCAGUUUAAGCAAACCUUUUGGAUCAUGGGUUCCAAGUACUAAAGACAGUGGAGGUGCACCACAGUUGAAAGGAGCCAGAUGGUUCUCUUAUGACGAGCUUAAGAAAAGCACAAGUAACUUCGCUGAAGUUAACCAGAUAGGAUCUGGUGGCUACGGGAAGGUUUAUAAAGGAGUGAUACCAGGCGGGCAGAUUGUCGCAAUCAAAAAAGCUCAACAAGGGUCCAUGCAAGGAGGGCUCGAGUUUAAAACUGAAAUUGAGUUGCUUUCACGAGUUCAUCACAAGAACCUAGUUGGCCUUGUUGGCUUUUGUUUUGAGCAAAAAGAGCAGAUGUUGGUUUACGAAUAUAUGCACAAUGGGACCCUUAGAGAAAGCUUAUCAGGUAAAUCGGGUAUUCAUCUCGAUUGGAAGAGGAGACUUCGUGUUGCACUUGGUUCUGCUAGAGGUUUAGCUUAUCUACAUGAGCUUGCAGACCCUCCAAUCAUCCAUAGAGAUAUCAAGUCUACCAAUAUUCUUUUAGAUGAAAAAUUAACUGCAAAAGUUGCAGAUUUCGGUCUGUCUAAGCUAGUUGAUGACUGUGAGAAGGGCCAUGUCUCGACUCAAGUUAAGGGUACCCUGGGAUAUCUUGAUCCUGAAUACUACAUGACACAACAGUUAACAGACAAGAGCGAUGUGUACAGUUUUGGGGUGGUGAUGCUUGAACUAAUAACUGCUAAACAACCUAUCGUAAAAGGGAAGUAUAUUGUGCGUGAAGUGAGACUAGCAAUGGACAUGACCAACGAAGAGGAAUAUGGAUUGAAAGAAAUGAUUGAUCCAAAUCUCAGAGACUCAUCUUUCUUAACGGGUUUUGGGAGGUUUGUACUACUAGCAAUGCAAUGUGUCGAAGAAGCUGCUGCAGACCGUCCAACUAUGAGUGAUAUAGUGAAGACACUCGAGACCAUUUUAAAGAGUGACGGGCUCCAAACUAGUUCUACAUCGACAUCUUCAUCUGCCAAUGAGUUUGGAUCGGUUAGAGGUGCUCCGCCUACACAUCCUUACAAUGAAGGUGUGCUAAAAAGGAACGAUAGUGAUGCCUUUGAAUACACUGCCGGAUAUGAUAUCAGUGCAAACAGUGAACGUACCUAAGUAACGUAUGUUUAUAUACAUUAUAUAUAUGGCACUCUUUGUUACAUAUUCUUCUGUGUAUUUUUUCGGGUUGAUCCAAUAUCUGUCCUAAGGGACUAUUGGCUGCACAAUUUUUAGGAACCUACUUAUAAAACUACAUAUAUUUUCUGACAUUAAUUUUUUCUGUAAUAUGGAAAUUGUAAUCUAGCAACUUACUAUACCUUGGAAUUUGGA